AUGGCACAGGAAAUUAUCCUAAAAGCAGUGCUAACCGAGCUCAAGAACCUCACGCCACUUGCCGAUGAGUCCAUGGCAGAGUUCCUUUUGUCGAUCCAUGAAGAUUCCAAAAAUUUGGCCGCUUUCCAACGUAACCUUAAGGAAAAUGAUGCACCAUUUGAAGAGGAUUUCAUUGAAAAAAUAGAUAAGGUCAUCAAUGGGUUUAAAAUAAAAAGGGAGGUAAAACAAGAGAUCCCUGAAAUAAAAUUGGAACAGACCACAAAGUAUCAAGAACCAAACCAGGAGAAACAAGAACAACAACACGCUUCGGGAGUAAAUAAACGCCAAAGGUUUAUAAAGGAUGAAGAUGAUGACGUUGACGAAUAUGGAAGAAAUAGGAGAAUAAAAUAUGAACAUGAUGAAGUCGAUGAAUAUGGAAGAAGUAGGAGAAUGAAAUAUGAAAAUGAUGAAGUUGAUGAAUAUGGAAGAAAAAGGAGAACGAAACACGAACGUGAUAAUGAUGAUCACCACUCUGAAAAUCUGACAUACCAAGCCAGAGACAAUAAAGUUGACGAAUAUGGAAGGAAUCUAAACUCAAAAUAUGAACGAGAUCAUCUAUCUAUCAAUAAUAACACCAACCAACACCAGCCCAGUCGUUCUGCAAAGCCAGACAAAGAGGCAAUUGAAGGAAAAAUAUACCAUGGUCGAGUCACCAAGAUUACCAACUAUGGCGCCUUCAUCCAACUUGAUGGGAUUGUGUCUCAUAGAGGAAGAUCUCAAAGUGGUUUAUGUCAUAUUUCUCAAUUCUCAAAUAUUAGAAUAGAUCAUCCUAGUGAUGUGGUUAGUGCCAAUGAAACGGUAUUUGUCAAGAUCACGAAAAUUGACAACAAGGGCAUUAGUUUAACCAUGAAGAAUAUUGACCAAAAUACUGGUAACGAAGUCAUUGAUGAACCGCAGCGUGGAAGGACCACCGAGAAAACUUUCCGGCCAAAGCGAAAACUCACUUCCCCUGAGCGUUGGGAACUUCGUCAAUUAGUAGCGUCUGGGGCAAUCUCCGCCAAGGAACUCGGAGACGUUGGUGAGGAUUUGAACGAUUUCAUCACUUCGGAAACCGGCGGGAGUUUGAAUCUUGCUGAUGAUGUGGAAAUUGAUAUCGAGGUCCAUCAAGACGAACCAAGAUUCCUUGAAGCUGAGAAAAAUUUUUUGAAAAAAAGUGGCGAUAACAGCGAUAUUGCCAGUCUCAAAAUUAUACCAAAGCCUGAAGGAAGUUUGAAUCGGGCAGCGAUGACUGGUAGUCAAUUAGCCAAAGACUUGAAAGAAAAGAAAUUGAAAGCCCUUAGGGAAAAAAGACUCAAGCAAAUAAAGAAAAAAACAGAUGAUCCAUUGCUGAACAAGGACGGAGAUGCUAAUGAUGAUGAUGAUGAAUUACUCAGUGAAUGGCAGAAGGCAAACAAGAAACUGAAGAUUUCUUACGGUAAGAAGAGUGAUAUGUCCAUUGCUGAACAGCGAAAAUCAUUACCGGUAUUCAAAAUGCGGUCGCAGCUUUUGGAUCUUGUGGACGAAAAUCAGUUUUUAGUGAUUGUGGGAGAGACUGGGUCUGGUAAGACCACUCAAUUGACUCAAUAUCUCAUGGAAGAUGGUUAUUCACGUCGUGGGGUCAUUGGAUGUACCCAACCUAGAAGAGUGGCCGCAAUUUCUGUUGCUAAAAGAGUUUCUGAAGAGGUUGGGUGUAAACUAGGUCAUCAAGUGGGUUAUAAAGUUAGGUUCGAUGAUAAGUAUGGCCCAGAUACCGAAAUCAAAUAUAUGACCGAUGGGAUGUUACAAAGAGAAGCGCUUAUUGACCCUAACAUGUCUAAGUAUUCGGUUAUCAUGCUUGAUGAAGCCCACGAAAGAACCAUCGCCACCGACGUUUUGUUUGCAUUAUUGAAAAAAGCCGCUAGAAAUAGACCGGAUUUGAAGAUCAUUGUAACUUCUGCCACCUUGGAUUCUGAUAAGUUUUCCAGGUAUUUUAAUGAUUGUCCGGUUUUGAAAAUUCCUGGAAGAACCUUCCCGGUAGAAAUCAUGUAUACCAAAGAACCAGAACUUGAUUAUUUGGCCGCAUGUCUUGACACUGUUUUACAAAUCCAUGUCGUUGAAGGUCCGGGGGACAUUCUUGUAUUUUUAACGGGUCAAGAGGAAAUUGACACUGCUUGUGAAGCGCUUUAUGAUAAAGUCAAAGCUUUGGGCUCCUCGGUUCCAGAACUUAUAAUUUUACCGGUUUAUUCUUCUUUACCAUCGGAAGUCCAGUCAAGAAUCUUUGAACCUACUCCUAAAGGUUCCAGAAAAUGCGUAAUUGCCACCAAUAUUGCUGAGACUUCUAUUACUAUUGAUGGUAUAUAUUACGUUAUUGACCCAGGGUUUGUGAAAAUCAAUGCAUAUGAUCCUAAACUUGGGAUGGACUCUCUAGUUGUUUCUCCAAUUUCUCAAGCUCAAGCAAACCAAAGAGCCGGUAGAGCUGGACGUACCGGUCCAGGGAAAUGCUAUCGAUUAUUCACGGAAAGUGCGUUCAAGAAUGAAAUGUCACCAAAUACUAUUCCAGAAAUUCAAAGGCAAAAUCUAUCCACGACAAUUCUUAUGUUGAAAGCGAUGGGAAUUGAUGAUUUGAUAAAUUUCGAAUUUAUGGACCCACCACCGAUGCGGACCCUAAUGGUUGCGUUAGAAGAAUUAUUUAAUUUGUCAGCCCUUGAUCAAGAUGGCAACUUGACGAAACUUGGUAACAAAAUGGCGGAUUUCCCAAUGGACCCAGCCCUUGCUAAAUCAUUGAUCGUUUCCAGUGAUCUUCAUUGUUCCGAUGAGCUUACAACCAUUGUUGCCAUGCUUUCGGUGCAAACUAUUUUCUACAGACCUAAACAUAAACAACAGCAGGCGGAUUUAAAGAAAUCGAAAUUCCACAGUACCCAAGGUGAUCAUCUAACAUUACUUAACACUUACAAUGCCUGGGCGCAAAAUGAUUAUAGUCGAACCUGGUGUGAGGAAAAUUACAUUCAAGAACGGUCACUCAAAAGAGCAAGGGAUGUCCGGAAUCAAUUGAUCAAGAUUUUCCUCAAAUAUAAGCAUUCGGUUUCCAGUUGUGGGAGAGACUAUGAUCGGAUCAGGGUGGCGCUUUGUUCAGGAUUUUUCAAGAAUUCCGCAAAGAGAGAUUCUCUGGAACCUGGGGCCUUUAAAACGUUGAUUGAAGAUACUCCGGUGUAUAUGCAUCCAAGUAGUUGUUUGUUUGGGAAACGCUCGGAGUAUGUGAUUUAUCAUACUUUGUUAUUGACCACCAAAGAGUAUAUGCAUUGUGUCACAACAAUUGAACCACAAUGGUUGAUCGAAGUGGCGCCAACGUUCUUCAAAGUUGGGGAUGGUCAGAAAAAGAAGAGCGGCAAGAUUGUUUCUUUAAAAAGGAAUGGUCAUAAGAGAUUAGCUCCUAGAUAA